AAGCAGGGGUGGAGAAGGUGGAGCGGCGAUCGAGGCGGGGCUGGGAGCCGUCCGGCGACUGACUGGACCUCGAGUCCGGCCCGGGCCUCUUAGGGCCCUACCGCGAGCAUGGUCAAGCUGGCGGCCAAGUGCAUCUUGGCAGGGGAUGCCACUGUGGGGAAGAGCGCCCUGGCUCAGAUGUUCCGGAGUGAUGGGGCUCAUUUCCAGAAGAACUACACGUUGACAACAGGGGUGGAUCUGCUGGUGAAGCACUUGGCGGUUCCCGACACAAACGACAGUGUGGAACUCUUCAUCUUUGAUUCUGCUGGCAAAGAGCUGUUUUCAGAAGUGUUGGAGAAGCUGUGGGAACAUCCCAACCUCUUAUGUCUCGUGUUUGAUGUAACCAAUGAGCAGUCCUUCAGUAACUGUGCCAAGUGGCUGGAGAGGGUGCGGGCCCAGCUUCAAGGCUCUUCUCUUCCAGGCGUUUUAGUGGGGAAUAAGACUGACCUGACUGGCAGGCGCGUGGUGGAGGCGAGUCGCGCCCAAGAAUGGGCUGGGAGCCAUGGCCUGGAGUAUUUCGAAACGUCCGCCAAGGAGAUGGAGAACUUUGAAGCCCCUUUCCGCUGUUUGGCCAAACUGUUCCACCAGCUGUACCGCGAGAGGCUGGAGCUCUUUCACUCGCUGGUGUGAGAAAACCUCGAGUCACGCCGGGUGUGCAGUGGGCUGAGCAUCAGACGUAAUGUUAGGAAAAUAAAUGUGGAGGCGGGGCUUGCUUACAGCCAAGGCUCCUGAAACCCCAGUGUC